AUGCCUUUCAAACCCGUAGAACAUCCAAAAUGUCCGAAAUGUGGAAAGUCUGUCUACGCUGCAGAAGAAAUGGCCGCUGGAGGAUACAAGUGGCAUAAAUUCUGCUUCAAAUGCACUAUGUGCAAUAAGUUACUGGAUUCAAUGACAUGUUGUGAACAUCAAGCCGAGUUGUUUUGCAAGCAAUGUCACUGCCGACGGUAUGGACCGAAGGGUGUUGGAUUCGGAAUCGGAGCCGGCUCACUAACUAUGGAUACCGGCGAGCAAUUCGGAAAUACAGAAGUUGAUAUGACCAUCAUCGUUCGUGCCAAGAACAUGUGCAACAAAUUACUAGAUUCCUGUACGGUUGCACCACAUGACGCUGAAUUGUACUGCAAGCAGUGCCAUGGAAGAAAAUAUGGUCCGAAAGGAGUCGGUUUUGGUCUAGGAGCUGGAUGUCUGACCACCGAUUCAGGAGAGAAAUUCGGCGGAGUCAGAGAAACGUCAGAGAAUUAA